GGUCGGUGUAUCAAUUUCAUCUUCUUCUCUAUUCACCAAUCCUCAAAAGAACAACAACUCGAAAACAAAAACAAACAGAGAGAAAUACAGGAAGAGAGACGUGAAGGAUUGACGGCGAAAACAAGCCUGGGUUAUAACCUUUCAACGAUUCCAAGGUCCAGCUUUUUUGGAGAUUCUAAAGGAAAAGGAUUCGGUUAAAAAGAAAUAAAGCAGAUUAUAUGCAAAAAGGUUUUGUCUUAAUUUUUUUGCUGCCACUCCUUUAUCUGUGCUUUGGUAGUAUUGUGGUCUAUUGUUUUUAUUCAGAUACUGGAAACAGUGUGUUAUUCAAUUUCCCAACUGCAUUGGAUACAGUGAUGGCAGCAAAACCUGAAGAAACAGAAAUAAGGAGACAUUUACGUCAUGAGAAUGGAGAAGGCCAAGCUUCUGGUCCUAUUUCUGAUAUGGAGAAAGAUCGACAAAUUAGAUCAAGAAGGUGGAGACAGCUGAUGGCAGCAGAAACUGGGAACACACAGAUCAAAACAAUUUUACAGGAUGAUAAUGGAGAAGCCAAAAAUAUUGAAAGGACGGAGAUAAUGUGUACUGUUGAGACUUCUGCUGCUCUUUCUAAUGUACACACAGAUUGCCAGAUUACAUCAAGAAGGCGGAAGCAAGUGAUGAUGAACUGGAGCAAGAAUUUGGAUACGAAUGAUGAAAAUCCUUGGGUGAUUACAAAUGAAAUUUUCUGUCACCAAGAAAGAUUGCAUGUUAGUGAUACAGUUAGAAUGGACACAGAUUGUGAGAUUAGAUCAAGGAAGUCGAAGCAAGUGUCUGACCAUCGCAAUAAACGGAUUAGAAAUCAUCAAGAAUGUUCUCGGCUGAUUACAAGUCAAACUUUCUCUCCGCAAGAAAACUUGGAUCUUGAUGAUCUAGCCAGAAUCGGUGAAUAUUCACAUUCAAUUGGUCAAGCAAUGUAUCAAAGAAUCAGACAAGGAUUCAAUACGGAGUAUGAAGAUUCCGGUGACAAUAUUGGUAAAUGUACUUACUGUGAUGCAAAUUUUUGGUUUGAAGAAGCUAUAAAACAAUCAUCUACAAAUGCUGAAAUAAUAUAUACAAAUUGUUGUAAAAAAGGACAAGUCAAACUUCCAAAGCUUAGACCAACUCCCGACUUUCUGAAAACGUUAUUAAAUGACAAACUUUUUAAAGAAAAUAUUAGAGUUUAUAACUCGAUGUUUUGUUUCACAUCAAUGGGAGCAGCAAUUGAUCAUAAAAUAAAUAGUGGAUCUGGUCCUUAUAUAUUUAAAAUCAGUGGUCAAGUACAUCAUUUAAUAGGUUCCAUGUUACCAUCUGAAGGUGAAUCUCCUAAAUAUGCUCAAUUAUAUGUAUAUGAUACAAAAAAUGAAAUUUCAAAUCGUAUUAAUGCUAUUGAUCCUUCUCAUGUUAAUCAAAAUAUCAAACCGGAUAUUGUUGAAGGACUUAUUAAAAUGUUUGAUGAAAUCAAUGAAUUAACAAAAGAAUAUCGCAUAAUGAGAGAUAAAAUUGAAAAUCCUUUAUUACCUUCAUUUAAUAUGAGCAUACUUAAUUGCGAAUCUACUGAUGGUAAACAGUAUGAAAAACCAACAAGUGAAGAAAUUGGUGGUUUAAUUGUUGGUGACAUUGGACAAUAUAAUUCAAAUAAAGAUAUAAUUAUCGAAUCAAAUAAUGGAUGUUUACAACGAGUUUCUAAAAUACAUCCAAAAUAUAUGUCGUUACAAUAUCCAAUUCUUUUUCCAUACGGUGAAGAUGGAUAUAAACCAGAUUUACGAAUGGAACGAAUCGGACCAAAUAUGGAUAGAAAUAUCAAGAUAUUUUGA